ACAGAAUUUUGGAAUUCAAAUUUGGAGUCAUACAGAAUUAUGACCCGAAACCUUCAAUUUUGGAAACAAAAAAUGGAAAAGAAGAAUUUUGAAACUUCCCCUCAAUUUAUUCUUACUGCUGAAGCAUUAUUAUAAUAUAUAAAUCAGUUGGUGAGCUGGCAACAAAUAUUGAAGGUUCUGGUACAGAAGAUGAAUCAAAAGAUGUUGUUAAUUAUACGAAAAUACUCAAAAUGGUAUUCCAUCAUUACCUGGGACUUUAAAGUUUUACUUUUCUUUUCGUAAACGAACUUUGUUCAUUGCUUUAAACAAGGAGUCUGAAAUCUAGCUUAGAAAUUUUUAAAGCUAUGUGGUCUGUUGUUAAAGAAAAACUUCACUCAGCAAGAUAUUUCCAACGAUAUACUCGAUAUUCGUAGUUAACUAAUUAGGUACUGAGUUUUCAUUCAUGAGUUUAUUAAGAUUACCCGAGGUUAAAAAUAAAUUCCAGAAUGUUAAAAUCGGAUGGACAUCUCAAUCAGGCGAAGUGUCAUUCCAUUGUGGUGGCACCUUGAUUUCCGAAAAGUUUGUCCUUUCUGCUGCUCAUUGUAUGGAAUACGAACGUCCCUUGUACAGGAGCCAACCGGAUGUAGUAAGGAUUGCUGAACGUUAUAGUGAGGGUAGAAUAAUUGGAGAAGACAUUAAAAUUUCUAAUAUAAAUAAACAUGUCUUGUAUGGCGAACUGGACAUGUAUGAUGAUAUUGCACUCAUUGAACUGGAAGAAAAAUCAAAAAAUCGACCUGCAUGUCUUUGGAUUGGACCAGAACUACCAACAACAGAAUUAUUUGCCGUUGGACAUGAUUUGAGAAAUCUUGGAAAACAGCAAGUGAUGAGUCUUAAAUUUGUGAAUAGUGCCGAUUGUGAUCGGAGAUAUUCUCCAUCACGGAAACUUCCAAAUGGAAUAAUUGAAUCUCAAUUCUGUGCCGGAAGUUCAAAUAUAACGGAAGGUGAAAAAUGCAAAGGUCACAUUGGCGGUCCACUUUUGACUCAAAUGGCAGAAUUUCCAAACGAAGUUUAUGUUGUUGGUUUAACAAACUAUGGGCAACGAUGCGCUUCAACUAACUUCCCAAAUAUUUAUACAAAAAUAUCAUUCUACAGAGAUUGGAUAUUGGAAGAUUUUAAAGGAAAUUGAAUUUUGUACCUACUGAAUUACGUUAAAAGUGCAUUAAAAACUGGACACAAAUAAAAGCCAA